CAAGCUGUGUGUGGCGCAUGAGCUGCAGAUUGCCCACCACUGGCUUAGCAUAAUAGGAUCCUGGUCUCUGGCUGGGACUGCUAGAUGCUACAAUACAAACAAACAAUAAGCCAAAAAUAACAACAUUCAGCAAUCCCUAACUUCCCUUUUUCUCAUUAUAUUUAAGACAUCCUUUUACAUGACACAUUUUAAGUAUUGUUUUAAAAAUGAUAAUUACAUUUUAAUUAUUAAAAAUAUGUAUCACUCAGUACAAGUUUAUUGCUAUUCAUAAUCUCUUUGGGACAGACAUUAUAUUAACAGACAGGAUGAGCUUAGCAUGUUUUGGGAGUUACAAUAAUGUUGUUGUUUUUUUGUUGACUUCAGUUAUUUUUAAAAUGUUUUAAAUAAUUGUGAUCAAGAAAUGAGAGUAACCUAUUUCGCUUCUUUACAAAUUUCCAAAUCUAAUUUUUAUUGUUGUUUCAUUUCUCAUGAUUUACUUUAUUUGUUUUUAGAGAUCAUGUUUUAAGAGGAGAAAAAAUGAUGAAUAAACACAAUCAGAGUCAAAACAUUCUGCCAGGAAACUGGCACCCAGAAGAAUACAGGAUCGCAUCACUGGUCUUCUAUAGCUUUAUAUUCAUAAUUGGAUUGCUAGUAAACAUCACUGCACUAUGGGUCUUCAGCUGCACCACCAAGAAAAGAACGACGAUAACAGUCUACAUGAUGAACGUUGCAUUACUUGACUUAAUUUUUAUAUUGUUCUUACCUUUUCGGAUAAGCUACUAUGCAAAAGCAGUUUGGCCAUUUGGAGAUAUGUUCUGUCGGAUUCUUGGCGCUUUCACUGUGUUUUAUCCAAGCAUUGCUCUGUGGCUGCUUGCUUUUAUAAGUGUUGAUAGAUAUAUGGCUAUUGUCCAGCCCAAACAUGUCAAAGAACUUAAGAAUACAAAGAAAGCUCUGCUAGCUUGCAUUGGUAUCUGGAUAAUGACCCUUGCAUCAACUUCCCCACUGCUAUUUUUAUAUUCAGAUCCAGAUAAAGCCUCAGAUUUUAUGACCUGCCUGAAGAUGCUCGACAUCAUCCAUCUAAAGGAAGUCAAUAUGUUAAAUUUUACUCGUUUGACUUUUUUUUUCCUUAUUCCCCUGUUUAUCAUGAUUGGAUGCUAUCUAGUCAUUAUUUACCAUUUUGUCCACGGCAGGACUUCCAAACUGAAACCCAAGGCUAAGGAAAGAUCUAUAAAAAUUAUAGUUACUCUGAUUGUGCAAGUGCUUUUCUGCUUUGUGCCCUUCCACAUUUGUUUUGCAUUCCUGAUGCUGCAAGAUGAAGACAAGAGUUACAAUCCAUGGGCAGCCUUUACCACCUUUCUCAUGAAUCUCAGUACGUGCUUAGAUGUUAUCCUGUACUACAUUGUUUCUAAGCAAUUUCAGGCUAGAGUCAUCAGUGUCAUGCUUUACCGUAACUAUCUUCGAAGUGUGCGCAGGAAGAGUUUUCGAUCUGGGAGUGUAAGGUCAUUAAGUAAUAUAAACAGUGAAAUGAUAUAAAAAAAAAUCAGAAGAUGCUUAUAAUGUGGUGAAGCGAUUUUCACUGAAGUGUGACAUUUCAGCUUAGUUGAAAUCAAGAAUACUCUGGAGUUUGCAAUAUUGGGACACAUUACAUCUGUGGUAGCAUAAAUGUGGGACAAAUGGAAUACCAAUUAGGUAAAGUAUUAAUAUUCAUCUAUGCAUUUUACAUUUUUACAGUAAAUCCAGGAGAUCUAAAAUAUUUAUGAUCUACUACCUGAGUGAAGCAGGCAUACAAAUAUAUUGUUCCUCUCAUCAAAUGUAAAUAUUUCUAGGCAUAAAAAAAGUCAAUGUCCAUGCUAGUGCAUAUACAAUUUAAAUAAAGCAAAGAAUAUCUGCUUAUAUAUGAUGCAUUAAGAUUUUAUAUAUACAUGCCACAUUGUAUAUGAUACCAAAGUAUCUAUUAUAUUCAUAAGUUCAGCCUUUACCAGGAGAACAGAAGCAUAAACUGAAGAGAAAGCUUCUUUAAUUUUUAUUUGUUUUGUUUACUUAAAAUCUGUUUUAUUUGGCAGUAUUUUGACACCCUAAAACUAAUGAAAUUCUGUAAUAAAUAAAAAAGUACACCAAAUAGUAGAAGAGAAUAAUUAUUCAAAUUGUUAAUUUCCUGUAAGUAUAAUAUACCACAUUACUAACAUCUGGAAUACUCCCAAGUUUAAAUAAAUAGAAUAUUCUUUGUUCCAGAAUAAUGAAUGUAGUUUAUACAGACAUACAGAAAAUGUACAUCCCAUCUCUAAUCUUUCGGAAUAUGGAAACAUUACAAGUCCCUUUUAAUAGCUAAUCUUGGAAAGUCUAACAAAAACCACGUAUUUUUAACUACAGUAUAACUUUCCACGUGCUUAUGAGAAUGUCAGUUUUUUUCAUCAGCUAUACAAAGGAUGAGAAACCAGAAGCACUUAUAUUUGACAUUAGAAAAAGUGAUUAUAAAUGCUUUUCUUAAUACCAAUGAGCACGCAGCAUAUGGAAAGCCAUGAUUAUGUGAGGUUGACCACACUAAAGUGUAAACCCAACUACAAAUACUCACUUAGCAAUCCAGUUUUCUGUAUUGUUUUUAUUAUGCAAAUCUCAAAACUAGCUUAUUUGAAACUGAGUUCCUGAAGAAUCUUAUGCUUUAAACACCUCACUCUUCAAAUGUUAAAUGCAAUAAAAUGUAAUACACAUAUACAUGAUGUCCUAUAAAACUCAAGAGUUUUGAAAUGUGAACUGAUUAAGUACAUUCCACUAUGAAAUGCAUAGAGUUUUGCAUAUUUUAAAUUAUGAUUUACAUAACAUUUGUUUUGUGGUUUCAGUGCUAAGUAUGCUUCUGAAAAAAGCAUGAAAUCAAAACAAAUGUUCAGGAAUACUGUACUGAGUAAAGAAUAAAAGAUGCCAGCACUGAAAGGUAACUCAUUUACUCCAAGACAAAUGAAAACACAAUAUUGUGAAACGAAGUCACCAUAAAGUGGAUGUAUAAUGCUAAAAAUAUUUUGACUCUACUACAGGACAUAUUUGGAAAAUAGUGUUAUAAAAUAAAUAUUCAUGCCGAAAAGGAUAAACUGGAUUUAAAAUGUUAUAUUAACAGGUUAUUUUACUCCAAUCCAUAAUAAAUAUUCCCUCGGAACAGUAUAUAAGACAAAGAUAAAC